UAUAAAUACCCGGUGCCUGUUUGGCGCCCUUUUAUUAUUUACCCAUUAGUGGAAUUGUGCAGUCAUUUUAUAUUUCGUUUACAAGUUUUGCAAUUUGGAUUAAUUAUGCCGUCGUACGACAAGGAAAAUGAAAAUAUAACCUCACUCAACACCAGAACUGAGAAAAUGGUUUUGUCUCCCAACAAAGCCAAUAUCAUCCGCCCACCCACGGAGACUCAAGAAAAGAUAAAACCAAAGAUUCAGGAUGGAGAAAACUUAGAUUUUGAUCCAGAACUAGAGCCUCUUCUUAAAGAGAACCCAGGACGCUUUGUUAUAUUCCCCAUCCAGUACCCCGAUAUUUGGGCCAAAUACAAAGAAGCCGAAGCUUCAUUUUGGACCACAGAGGAAGUGGAUUUAUCUAAGGAUAUGGAUCACUGGGUAAGACUUUCUGAUAACGAAAGGCAUUUCAUAUCACACGUUCUCGCGUUUUUCGCUGCUUCCGAUGGAAUAGUAAAUGAGAAUCUAGUAGAAAGAUUCAGCCAAGAAGUUCAGGUAACAGAGGCACGUUGCUUUUAUGGUUUCCAAAUAGCUAUCGAGAAUAUCCAUUCAGAAAUGUACAGCAUGUUGAUCGAAACUUAUAUUACCGAUCCUAAACAAAAAGACUUCCUUUUCAAUGCUAUUGAGACCCUGCCUUGUGUUCGUAAGAAGGCUGAUUGGGCUUUAAACUGGAUAAACUCGAAGAGUAGUACAUUCGGGGAAAGGAUCAUCGCCUUCGCAGCGGUAGAAGGUAUAUUUUUCUCUGGCAGCUUCGCGGCUAUAUUCUGGCUAAAAAAACGAGGCUUAAUGCCUGGCUUAACAUUCUCUAAUGAAUUGAUCUCUAGAGAUGAAGGGUUACAUUGCGACUUUGCUUGCCUACUGUUCUCGUAUCUCGUACAGAAACCGUCUAAGGAUCGAGUCGUAGGUAUAAUUCGAGAUGCUGUUGCUAUCGAACAAGAAUUUCUGUCCGAUGCCUUACCCGUAAGCCUCAUUGGAAUGAAUUGCAAGCUCAUGUGCCAGUAUAUCGAAUUUGUCGCCGACAGGUUGCUUACUGAACUCGGUUGUGAAAAGAUUUAUAACUCCACUAAUCCUUUCGAUUUCAUGACCAUUAUUUCCACUGAUGGCAAAACUAACUUCUUCGAGAAGAAAGUCGGCGAGUACCAGAAAGAGGGCGUUAUUUCGAGUAGCGGGGACAAUGUGUUUACUACUGACGCCGACUUUUAAGUCAAGAGAAAAAGUUUGUCUUAACUUAGUGAUAUUUUGUGUUGUAGAUUUUAUUUAUAUUUUUAAAUUAUAUGUAUAUUUUCUUCUAGUAAAUACGGAAUUUUAAGUGCCUAUUUGCUAUGUUCUUUCUGUUAAUUAAGGAAAAAUGUCUCCAUUUUGUUUUUUAUAAUACAAUUAAGAAAUAAAGUUUCGACCUACAUGAAUAAAAUAAGUACUGAUAAUCUCUGUAAUUUCGAAAUACUGUAAAUAGUUUUGUCAUUUUACACAUGUAUUCUAAUGAAAAAUCCUUUGUAAAUGGCUUGUUAAAAGUUGAAAUUUUCAAAGGAAUGUUGUAUAGUGAAUAUAUUAAUUUUUAUUUCAAUAAAGUUGUAAGAUCCCA